UAUGUGUUCAUCCACCGUGCACUAAUGGAGUACAGCCAGUUUGGAAACACUGAGCUUACCAUAUCUCAGCUGAAAGAAGUUUACAGCAACCACACACACCAUGACAGUUUAGAUGAUUCGUCGCCCCUUGAGAAGGAAUUUGAGCGGCUGGGUAAGGUAGUAGAAGAUAGAAAAGCUUUUGCUAUUGCAACAAGUGAAGAGAAUAAACCCAAGAAUAGGUAUGACUUCUUGCUGCCAUAUGAUAACAAUCGUGUUAUCCUUGCACCACUGCCUACCAAACCAUCAUCUACUUACAUCAAUGCCUCCUUUGUUACGGGUUAUGAUCUGGCUGAGUCAUUUAUAGUCACAAGACCCAAUGGAGAACACAAUUGCAGACUUCUGGAGAAUGGUGUUUGA